AGGAUGCCGCUGGCCGCCAACUCGGUCGCUGCGGCCUCUUGAUAUCACGCACAGCAGCGGCCCUCUCUCUGCCUCGCGCUGCAGCUAGCUGGCCUUCAUUGUCGCGCCCCUGCCCGCCCUCCAGGCUCCCACCUCCCUCUCCUCUCUCCCCCUGCCCUCCAGCGAAGUAAAGAGGGAUGGCGCCGACGUACCGGCCUUACGCGGCGGAGUACGGCGUGGUGGAGCGGAAGGUGCCGGGGGCGCGGUGGGUGGCGUCGGCGGCGGCGGCGUCGUCGGUGGCGUGGUUCGUGGGGGACCAGGCGGAGAUGAAGCGGCGGGGGCGGGUGGCCAGCUACAAGGCGUACGCCGUGGAGGGCAAGGUGAAGGCGUCCCUCCGCAGGGGCCUCCGCUGGAUCAAGGCCAAGUGCUCCCACAUCGUCCACCGCUAGCCCGCCCGCCGUCUUCUUCUUCUUCCUUGGUGGCUUAUCAGGAUCGACGGUGGCAAGAAGGGAUGCGCGAGGGAGAUGGCCUCAUGGAGCAUUCCUUGCGAGUAGAUUAGUCAGUAGUGUAAGAUCAUCAUAUGCAUGGGUCUUUCUUCUUCUUCUUCUUCUUCUUUUUCUUCUUUUUCUAGCUUUUGUGUUGUCGAGAGAGAAUGUUUGUUUCCGGGCCGGGUUGCAAGCAAAGUUGGCCAUCAUCA